UUCAAUAUAGGCUUAUAAAUUCAUAGUGCAUAAUCAUUUUUAUUAUCAUUUAUCCAUUAUAUCUUAUCUUUUAAAUAAUAUUAAUAAUAUUAAUGACAUAAAUCAGUUUUAAACCAGGAAGUAGGUUUGUGUAAUUGUUUGGAUAUUUCUUUCUACAGGAACGUGGGCAAGGUAGGAACAUUAUCGGAAAUGGACAGUAGGACUUCCGUGUGAAUGAAAAGGUGGGUUGGAUGGAUCUUGUCAGAAGACCGAUGUUGCAAGUGAGAAAAUGGGGAUGUUCGAUAGUCAGAACCGCCUUCCACGUGUUCUGUUAUUUUUUUCGACCCCUUCAAUAUGCGUUCAGAUGGAUGGGAACACUUGGAAUUGAGCAGAAAAAAUGCGAACGCUGCAUGAAUUUAGAAAGACAGCUUGAUUGGAAAAACGGAGAACUAGACACGACUACGACACAGUUGGAAUCGUUAAUAUUCAAGUAUGAGACGUUGGAUGAACGCUUCGAUGCUUUGCAGAAAUAUUCUGACUACCUGACGAGCAAAAUGGCCGAAGUGUCCGCCAACAGUGGAGAUCUAGAAUGCUUAAAUGAUCCCUUUGCCAACACAAAAUUGGCUAAUGAAUUUGACAACAACAUUAAAAGCAGCCUUUGGAUAGAUCUAUGUGAGAAUAUCGUGUGUGAAAACCUUUCUGAAGUAGAAAUGCUCAAAAAACUUUCAACCAUCAUACAGAGUAUUCAUGAGAUGUGUUAUAAAAUAGCCGAUAACAGUUUGAGAGAAUUCCUCCUCCUUGACCCUGGUGAUGAUCUUCCCUUAUUGAAAGAUAACAUUGAGGCCUACUCUUCGCGGAAGAACAUGGCGCAGAAUGAGACAGUUAUAAACAGGGUAACACAGAAAAUUUGGUUAUCCCUACAACAAACAGACGACUAUCAGGAGUUAGCAAGGGACAUAUCAGACGAUGCUUCCAAUUCGUUACAAGAAUUCGUCGAGAAAGUCGCCACCUAUUGUUGGCUUAUGACAGUAGCAACCCCUCGAAUGGUCCUGAGGUUUGAUGUUGUAGGCAAACCUUAUGCUGAUAUAAGAGACCGUUUUGUACAGUAUGCUACCCAAGAGGAGGUCGAAGAUGAAGUUCAGCCUAUGGGAACAGUGAAAUGUGUUGCCUGGCCAUCAGUUGAAUUGGAAACUGAUUCCACUUAUUGGAAGAAAGGGGAGGUGAUUGUUGUCACUAAAGAAAAUAUUGUCAAGGACUGAUAACAUUUGAGUUAGAACAAUUUGACUACUAGACUGAACUGUAAAUUAAAUGGUGACAAAAAAGGGUUUUUAAUUUAUGUUACGCUAUUUUUCAAAUAUGCUAGUUCAUUAACUUCAUUUAAAUUGGCACUUUGAAAUAACGAUUAAAGUGAAUCAUGUCUAUGCAUUGGGAAACAUUCCAUCGAUGAACGUCUGAUAAGUUAGGAAAACUUCUGAACUUGUUCUUGUGCGUGCGUGUAUAAUGUCUGUAUGUAUGUAUGGCUGUAUGCAUGUCUGUAUGUAUGUUUAGUGUUAUCUGAAUAAAAAAUGAGUAUGAGA